UCUCUUGAAUCGCAUCAAAACGUACGACGCCUUCCACGCAUCAGAGCGGCGUUUCCGAGAACCGCGUCUGCGCUCUCUGCUUUCUUAGGGUCUUUUUGUAUAUGUUUCGCGUCUCUGUUCAUCUUCCGUAUACGUAAGACAAUGACGGUUAGGUCCACCGGGAGAAACCUCUCCUUCGAGAUUCUCAGCUCCUUGGAGGACGAUUCACUUCCUCCGAUCCCCCGAUCCAGCUCAGAUCCGAUCAGCGGAAACGACUCCGCUGAAUCAUCGCCUAAGCGAAGGAGACACAGGAAGAAGAAGAAGAAGCACAACAAAGUCGAGACUAUCCCUGAGAAUGGCGAUCCUCAAUUUACGACCAUGGAGGAUUCGAAUUGGGCUUCCUGCGACGAAGGUGAAAGAUCAAUUUUCGAAAACAGAUUGAAUUACUUCGGCGGUGGCGGCGGUGGAAGUACAGUCGUGACGCAGACUGUACAGCAUAACGGGUUCAGUUUCGGGAAGCUGAGGCAGAGGAACGUUAACGGGAGUAGUAUCGACUCGACUAACGAUGAGAGAUUCUCUGAGACCUUGGCUUCUGAUAAGAAGUCAUACGUGGAAGAGGUAAGCUCCUCUGAGAAUUUACCGUUUGAGGAAGUGCAGAAUCAGUUUCCGAGAAGUGAGACUAAUGGGAAUGUGGUGGUGACGAGGCUUGACACUGAAUCUUCUCUGGACUGGAAACAGCUUAUGGCUGAUGAUCCUGAUUUUCUUAGUGCUGAGACGAGGUCACCUAUGAAGUACUUUACGGGGGAGAUUUAUGGUGGGGUCUCGUUACGGAGCACAGUUGCUUCUGGGAAUGAUGUUGAACGGGAGAGGAUAUAUGAUAUGAUCUUCCGCUUGCCUUGGCGAUGCGAAGUGCUUCUACACACUGGCUUUUUUGUCUGCGUCAACUCAUUUCUGUCAUUGUUGACUGUCAUGCCAAUAAGAGUCCUGCUGACAUUCUGGGAUGCUUUUAAGAACAGGCAGCUCAGGAGGCCUUCCUCAUCGGAGCUGUCUGAUCUUGCUUGUUUUCUUGUUUUGGCUUCUGGUACCAUUCUUCUUGGCAGAACAGAUAUCAGCUUAAUUUACCAUAUGAUUCGUGGUCAAAGUACCAUAAAACUAUAUGUGGUUUAUAAUAUCUUAGAGAUAUUUGAUAGACUCUGUCAAAGCUUUUGUGGAGAUGUAUUUGGGGCUCUGUUCAGUUCCGCAGCGGGACUGGCUGUUUCCCCUCCUGAGAAACUGAGAUUUUGUACUUGGAGAUUCGUUUCGGACCUGGCAUUAACUAUGGUUGCGUCGAUUCUCCAUUCAUUCAUUCUAUUAGCUCAGGCAAUUACGUUGUCAACUUGUAUUGUUGCUCACAACAAUGCCUUGUUGGCCCUUCUGGUGUCAAAUAACUUUGCUGAGAUCAAGAGCAGUGUCUUCAAGCGUUUCAGCAAAGACAACAUUCAUGGUCUAGUAUAUGCAGAUGCAAUAGAGAGAUUCCACAUAUCAGCCUUCCUGGUGUCUGUUUUGGCUCAAAACAUUCUCGAAGCUGAAGGUCCAUGGCUUGGAAACUUUAUCUACAAUGCUACUAUGGUCUUCUUCUGUGAGAUGAUGAUAGACAUCAUCAAGCAUUCAUUUCUUGCCAAGUUCAAUGGCAUCAGACCUAUAGCGUACUCUGAGUUUCUUCAAGCUCUCUGCGAGCAGACUUUGAACAUCCGCCCAGAAGAUAGAAAGACAAAUCUCACAUUCGUACCCAUUGCACCCGCUUGUGUGGUGAUCAGAGUACUGACUCCAGUAUAUGCAGCACACUUGCCUUGUAGUCCACUCCCAUGGAGAGUGAUGUGGAUGGUCUUUUUAUUUGUCAUAACAUGUAUAAUGCUCACAAGUCUCAAAGUUCUCAUCGGCAUGGGACUUAGGAAACAUGCAACUUGGUAUAUUAACAGAUGCAGAAGGCGAAACUCCUCCCAUCUACACAACGACUAGCCCGACUCUUAAAAACUACUGAGAAUUGAAGAAAGGUUUCCAUGUGGUAACACCUCAGCAGGAAAGAGUUUGCACAGGAGGAGAGUGGAUCAACCGGGUUGCACUCGACUCAGAUCCAGUUACAUCUUUCUUUUUGGUAUAUGAGGAUAUGAGAUCAUCCUUGCGAUCUUAUACAUGUUUAAUAUUCGAUGAAGCGAUUUUGGUAAUUGUUAGGAAAAUAUGUACAAAGAGACCCCAUGGAUCAUUUUGGCAAAGAAGAAAAGCUAUCGCAGGACAAAUA